CGUGUUACUCUCACUGUGUUCGACUGACUGAGUGUCGGCAUGACGGCAUUCUGCGAUGCAACUGUCCAGGUACAGGUUGGCAGUUACAACAGCUAAAGGCAGAACUGUUAUUCAAAAAAUCCUACUGGCUACAGCAAAUGAAAACAAAAUGCCUCCUCAAGAAAAUACAUCUGCAAUCAGAGGCCAGAUGGAGGCACUGGAUGCAGCCCUUUCAGAACGUGUGCUUAUCAUUGAUGGUGCCAUGGGUACGAUGAUCCAGCAACAUAACCUCAGAGAAGAAGAUUAUCGUGGCACGGCAUUCAAAGAUCAUCACAUGCCGCUCAAAGGCAAUAAUGAUGUUCUUUCCAUUACACAGCCUAAUAUUAUUACUGAAAUCCAUAAGGCUUAUCUUGAGGCAGGUGCCGACAUCAUUGAGACCAACACAUUCAGUGGCACUUCUAUAGCACAAGCUGACUAUGGAUUGCAGGAUCAGGUUUACAAUUUGAACUUGAGCUCAGCCCGCUUAGCAGUAGCAGCUGCCGAGGCCGCGAGCUCCAGGAGCGGUGUACCAAAAUUUGCAGCGGGCGCCAUGGGCCCCACCAACCGCACUCUCUCCAUAUCGCCUGACGUCGAGCAGCCGAGCUUUCGGAACGUCACGUUUGACGAGCUGGUGGCAGCGUACACAGAACAAGCCCGAGGCCUGUUGGACGGAGGAGUGCACCUGCUACUUGUUGAAACCAUCUUUGACACGGCCAAUGCCAGGGCAGCUCUCUUCGCUAUACAAACUCUCUUUGAUGAAGGCCAUUAUCUGCCUAGACCCAUCUUUGUUUCAGGCACAAUUGUGGACAAAUCGGGACGCACGUUAUCAGGCCAGACGGGGGAAGCGUUCCUCAUCAGCGUGAUGCAUGCUAAGCCAAUGUGCGUGGGUCUGAACUGCGCGCUGGGUGCCGCAGAGAUGCGGCCGUUCCUGUCGCGUAUCGCAGCCAACACCUCCGCUAGAGUGCUGUGCUACCCCAACGCUGGCCUGCCGAACGCGUUCGGUGCUUACGACGAGACGCCGGAGGAGAUGGCGGAGAUCGUGGGAGGCUUCGCUCGUGAUGGUCUCGUGAACGUCGUGGGGGGAUGUUGUGGCACCACACCUCACCACAUCAGAGCAAUAGCAGCAGCUGUUAAGUCGUGUCGACCACGCACACCUCCCAGUAACCCGCACCCCAACACGCUGCUACUGAGCGGACUCGAGCCCUCCUACGUGACGAGCCACACGAACUUCGUCAACAUCGGCGAGCGCUGCAACGUCGCGGGGUCUCGUCUCUUCUGCCGCCUCGUCAAGACCAAUAAACAUGACGAGGCGCUCGCUAUUGCCAAGACCCAGGUAGAGAACGGCGCCCAGGUGCUGGACAUCAACAUGGACGAAGGCUUACUGGACGGCGUGGCCGCCAUGACCAAGUUCCUCAACCUCAUAGCCACCGAGCCUGACGUCUGCAAGGUGCCUUUGUGCAUUGACUCUUCUGACUUUGCGGUGGUGGAGGCUGGCCUAAAGGCUAGUCAAGGCAAAGGCAUCGUGAACAGCAUCUCCUUGAAGGAAGGCGAGCAGGACUUCCUUGCCAAGGCGCGACUUGUGAAGCGAUAUGGAGCCGCCUUAGUCGUCAUGGCCUUUGAUGAACAAGGACAGGCCACAACAGUGGAGGACAAAGUUCGUAUCUGUCAUCGGUCGUACGUGCUGCUAACAUCAGUGGUUGGCAUCGACCCUCAGGACAUCAUCUUUGACCCCAACAUCCUUACUGUCGCCACCGGCAUCCCAGAACACAAUGAAUACGGACUUAAUUUCCUUAAAUCAAUCAAGGAAAUCAAGGCCAAGUGUCCAGGCGCUCGCAUCAGCGGCGGUGUCAGCAAUUUCAGCUUCGCCUUCAGAGGCAUGGAGACAAUACGGGAGGCGAUGCACAGCGUGUUCCUGUACCACGCUGUACAGCACGGCAUGGACAUGGGCAUAGUUAAUGCAGGUUGCCUGCCUGUCUAUGACGACAUCGAACCUCGGCUGCUGCAGCUCUGCGAGGCACUGCUCUUCAAUACUGACCCCAAUGGUACGGAGAAAUUGCUGCAGUACGCACAGAGCUCGAGCAGUCAGGGCAAGGCCAGCGUCGCUGUCGAGGACUGGCGGACCAAACCUCUCGAGGAGAGACUAGUGUACUCGCUGGUUAAGGGUGUAGACCAGUACAUAGUAGCAGACACAGAAGAGGCCCGGCAGCGCACCCUAGACUACCCCCGCCCUCUGCACAUCAUCGAAGGGCCUCUCAUGAAGGGCAUGUCCACCGUCGGCGACCUCUUCGGGGCCGGCAAAAUGUUCCUACCUCAGGUAAUCAAGUCAGCGCGUGUAAUGAAGCGCGCCGUAGCUCACCUCAUUCCCUUCAUGGAGUGCUGGCGACACGACCAAUAUUUUAUCGUGUGCCGUGCAGAUGAGAACAGCAGGUACGCUGGCACGGUAGUGCUGGCUACGGUUAAGGGUGAUGUUCACGACAUCGGCAAGAACAUCGUGGCCGUGGUGCUGGGCUGCAACAACUUCAGGGUCGUCGACCUCGGCGUCAUGUGUCCUAUGGAGAAAAUACUUGAUGCUGCCGUCAAAGAAAAAGCUGAUAUCGUUGGUCUCUCGGGUCUGAUCACGCCAUCGUUGAGCGAGAUGACGACAGUUGCCGCAGGGAUGCAGAGGUCUGGUCUAAACAUCCCGCUGCUCAUCGGCGGUGCCACGACAUCCCGGACACAUACCGCGGUCAAGAUCCAGCCCGCAUACCGUCAACCCGUCGUACACGUGCUAGAUGCAUCCCGUAGUGUCGUGGUCUGUUCAUCCCUGCUAGACCCUAACUCAUACCCCGAGUUCUACGAAGACCUCAAAGAAGACUACGCCUCUAUCCAGGAGAUGCAUUAUGAGGGACUUAAGGAUAAAAAAUAUUUAUCCCUGGCUGAAGCGAGGACAAAGAAACCUGUGAUUGAUUUCACGCUCGCUCCUAAACCUCCUACUUUCUAUGGGACGAAAGUCUAUGAUGAUUUCCCCAUAGAGGAACUCGAGGAAUAUAUUGACUGGAAGCCUUUCUUUGAUGUUUGGCAGCUGAAAGGGAAAUAUCCUAACCGGGGAUAUCCUAAGAUUUUCAAGGACAAAACUGUGGGCGAAGAAGCACGUAAGGUGUUCGCGGACGCGCAGGCGCUGCUGGGGCGCAUCAAGGCGGGCAGGCUGCUGCGCUGCAGCGGCGUCGUCGGCCUCUACCGCGCCUGUAGUAAAGGCGACGAUAUUCUUAUACUGGACGAACAAGGCGCUACCAUUGAGACUUUGUAUGGUUUGAGGCAACAGAGCUACCGUGAGAGCGACAGCAGUUACAGCUGCCUGGCUGACUUCGUAGCUCCUGCUGGCAGCGGUCAGCCCGACACUGUUGGUCUCUUCGCUGUCACUGCAGGCCACGGCGUCCAGGAGAUGUGUCAGGAGUUUGAAGGCUGUCAGGACGACUACAGCAUCAUACUGACGAAGGCGCUCGCUGACAGGCUGGCCGAGGCGUUCGCUGAGCGCCUGCACGCGCUCGUGCGCACCGAACUUUGGGGCUACGAGACCAGCAGCGCCUGCCCCCAGGACCUGCACAGGCUCAAGUACCAGGGUAUUCGGCCGGCACCUGGCUACCCAAGUCAGCCCGACCACCGCGAGAAGCUGACCAUGUGGCGUCUGCUGGAGGCUGACAAACUGUGUGGCAUAUCCCUGACGCCAGACAGCCUUGCCAUGUGGCCUGCCGCUGCCGUGUGUGGCGUGUAUCUUGGCCAUCCACACGCUCAGUACUUCAGUGUCGGCAAGAUAACCAGGGAACAGGUUGAAGACUACGCGGCGCGGCAAGGCAGUGACGUGGAUACGGUCCAGAAGUGGCUAGCUCCUAACCUGGCUUAUGAUCCUUAAUUAUUAUUGGGUUAUCCAUAAUGAUGAACGGCUUACGAUCCAUAGUGAUUAUUGGGUUAAGAUCCAUAAUGAUGAUGAAUGGCUUAAGAUCUAUGAUGAUAAUUGUCUUGGUCAUGUACGCUUGGGGUUGAAAUUUCAAAACUAUAGUAGCCAUAUUAUGUUUCCUGAUAAAUCCAAUACCCAUAAAAAACUAGCUCUAUAUAAUGCUUUGAAGUUGAUGAGGCGGUCAACGCUUUAUAAAUGUUAAUGGAAUUGGAAAUUUUACACAUUUAAAUUCCUUUAUCUCUAGGCCGGCCACACGUGAUGGAAAUUCUCGUAUAGAGCAUCCGCGUAAAAAAUAUCAUAGCGGAAUAAUGUAUUUUUUCUGUAAUGGUUUCAUGCCACCAUAAAUGAUUCUUGGUACAUUGAAUAGAAUAGAAGUGUCGGGACUGAAGAAAUAGGCCCCAAAU